AUGGCAUCGUUGGCGUUGGUCCUUCGCGUCGUAAUCGCUCUUAGCACCCAAGGAUUCUUCCAGCCAGAUGAAUACUUCCAAGCGUUAGAACCUGCCCACCAUUAUUACGUCUUUGGAUAUGGCCAUUUCACAUGGGAGUGGGUUAGUCCAGCACCCCUUCGGAGCAUCAUCUACCCUGCGUUGAAUAUACCUCCCUUUUGGCUUAUCAAAACGCUGGGCCUUGAUGAAAGACACCCUGAGCUACUCAUAGUAGGCCCACGCAUCAUCCAUGGUUUGUUGGCUGCCAUCACGGAUAUAGGGAUCCGUGAAGUCACAAGACAAGUUCUCAACGAUGCGUUUGUACCAACUGCGUACUUUGUCUCUCUAACAUCUCUAUUCCACUCGUUGUCACUUUCACGUUCCAUGUCGAAUUCCCUUGAGACAUCGUUGACAACAGUUGCACUAAACUACUACCCCUGGGACAAUGCACGGUCCAUAGUUAUGACUACCCUUGUGGUCUUUGCGCUCGAUUCAGCCUUUUAUGGCAGACCCACACUGAGUCUGUUGAAUUUUCUGCGUGUCAAUGCGUCGCCCGUGUCUUUGUUCUACGGCUCUAGCUCUUGGCAUUACUACCUGUCUCAGGCCCUCCCAAUUCUCAGUUCUACAUCCUUGCCAUUCGUGCUGCAUAAUAUGCACCUUGCAGUCGAGAACGACGAGAAAAGACUGAAGACAAUGCUAGGCUGUAUCGUUUGGACAUUGACGGUAUUCUCAUUUGUUGGACAUAAAGAAUCGCGUUUUCUCCACCCACUCCUGCCGAUGUUACACAUCUUCGCGUCAAGGUCCCUAGUGGAACUGUAUCAUCGCAGCGCGAAAGCAGAGGUCAAAGUUUCCUGGGAGAAGAGAGAGAACGCGAUACCUAAAACCUUCUCACUCCCAAUUCGCACUCGAGAUCUAUGCCUUCUCCUACUGGCCGUCUCAGCCUCGAUAUAUGUGGUAUUCUUCCAUUGCGUAGGACAAAUCAAAGUCAUGUCGUAUUUGCGAAGCUUGCUUCCCGAGAACCUGACUUCCGUGGGGUUCUUGACACCUUGUCAUUCGACCCCAUGGCAGGCCUACCUUCACCGGCCCGAGCUCGCGGCACCUGGGAGAAUGUGGGCUCUUGGGUGUGAGCCACCACUGGGGCUUCAACAUCUUAGCGACUAUAAGGACCAGGCAGACAUCUUUUUCGAAGCGCCCCUGGAAUAUAUGCGAACGCAUUUUCCAUCGCGUGUGGACAUUUCGUACCCUCCUUCACCCUUCGCUUCAUCGGUACCAAACGUCACAUUCAUGGAAACGCUUCAGGUUGUGGAACAAAGUUCACGAUCUUGGGAUUUAGGCUGGCGGCAUGAGUGGCCACAAUAUAUAGUACUAUUUGGCGCGCUUCUACAGGAGCCGGGCGUGUUGGACCUAUUCCGGGAUCAGGGCUAUGAAGAGGUAUGGAAGGGUGGGAAGGAGCGGGAAGGAGAGGGCCAGAGGAGGGGCGCUACAUCCGUUGAAUCCAUCCUCAGCUGCAAAUCAUCAAAAAUCAUCUAA